CUUACUAAAAGUUGAGUGUGUCAGGAAGCACACAGGCGACAGACUGCAGAGCUUCAGGGAUGAUGCCACUCUACCUUUUACUCCUUCUUCUCACUGAACUCUCUCGGGUUGAAGCAGUCCAGAAGACCUCAGGUCUGACUCAGGACAGCGGGCUCAUGACAGCGAGAGCUGGACAGAACGUAACUUUGAAAUGCAGUUGUACAAAUGAUGAUGCAACUUAUCUCUAUUGGUACCAGCAAAGCUUGGGAGGUGAACAUGUCCUCGUAUCAACUCGGAUGAUACACAACCCAGAAGCUACUGUGUCUCUCGCAUAUCAAGGAAGGUUUACAGUCGUAGCACAGGAAGGCGCCAACAAUCUCGUAAUCCAAGACCUUCGCCCCUCUGAUUCAGCGACAUAUUACUGUGGUUUUUUAGGAUUCAACACAAUUGAGUUUGGAGAAGGAGUCUUUCUUUACAUCCAAUCGUCAUCGUCUUACAUCAACGCUGUUGUCCAUCAGCCAGCGCUGGAGCCACUCCGGGUGGGGGACUCUGUGAAUUUGAGCUGUACCAUUUACACUGAGCCAUGUGCCGGGGAGCAGAGCUUCUACUGGUUCAGACAUGGUGCUGCUCAGCCUGCAGUCAUGUACCACAGUGAGGGACAGUGUGAGGCUGACUCAGAGUCUCACAGAGAAAACUGUACUUUGAACCUCGCUGUAAAGUCAGUGAGCUCUGCUGAUGCUGGGAUGUACUACUGCGCUCUGGCUUCAUGUGGGGAGAUUGUGUUCGGGAAUGGAACAAGAGUGCAGAUUGAAGGAGGCUCUGCUAGUCCCCGUCUCCUGGUCUACUGUCUAAGCAUGGCAUUGGCAGUUUCCUUUAUUGUGCUACUCGUCUUGGCUUUCAUCCUGUACAAGUGUAAAAAAGAAUCCUGCUCUGUCUGCAAAGGUUCUGCAACACCUGACACUGUGAGCCAGGGUGCAGAUGCUCUCCAUUAUGCUGCUCUGAGUCUGAACAGAACCAGUGAGCGGCAUCGCACAGAGGGGAGCAUGGAGGCAGAGUGUCUGUACUCCAGAGUGAAGAACAGGAAAGAGUGAAGAAGAACUUUACCUUCACAUUUGAUCAGUUUUAAAUAAUGUGUCCAGUCAAUCACUUUCCAUUACUAAAUGUACAGACAGAAAAUACCUGUAAAGAAAAAUACAUUAUUUCAAAGUGUUUGAAGUUUUAUGUAAAGAUGUGUUGAGAGUGUGAGGAAGUGAGAGGGGUCAACAUGGCCGUUCAUAAAGUUUGAAACAAAUAAAGACAAAGC